AUGUUGAGUAGCUUACUUAUCAUCACGCUCAUACUGCUGACGGUACCGUGCCAGGCCGGGUACACACCCGCAUACAACUACAAGGACGACCCAGAAGUAGACUCCGUCACCAGCAUAGUCCUCAACUGCGAUGACGGGGCAACUACUGACGACGAGUGGACCUGGGAUGACCUCCAAAACGAUGUCAACAUAAAGGAUAACGUGCAGGUACGCAUCACGUGCGAUCUGGACAUCGAGGGGCAGACCAUACGGAAUGUGCUGGUGCAGCAACGAGGCCAGGGCAGCCGCAGAUUCGCACUUAAAAGCUACACUAUUAAAUUCGGUGAUGAGAAUACCAAGUGGCGAGGGUUGGAUAGGCUCUUGCUUAAGAAGGACCCGGCCGAGCACUCGGGUAUCCGGGGUAAGCUCGCCUUCGAUCUGUUCCGGGAUGUACCGAACUUUGCGUCGUUCCGAACCAGUUGGCACUCGCUGACUGUGGUGCUGCACAAACCCGAUGGCUCAGAGGAGGUGCUCGAUAUAGGACUGUACACCAACUAUGAGAAGGGUGAUGCGGCCUGGAUUGAGCGUCGCAAACUGCAAGGUGCUGGUUAUGAGGGUACAGAUGCGUGGCUGUACAAGGUCAAUCAGUGGGACUUCCGGCGGCGCUCAGCCAUACGCACAGAAGAGGAUCCACGCUACGACAGACAAGCCAUGGAGCGGUACAUUGAGGCCGAAGGCAACCGCGACCACAGCAAACUCAUCAGAACAAUGCGAGCGCUCAACGAAGCCGCUGACGACGAGUUUGAGAGUGUGCUGGCUGAGCACUUUGAUCUGCAGAACCUGGCGACGUUUGUGGCGGUGGCGGUUAUAUGCGGUGAUUGGGACCACACAUCACGGAAUAUGUACAUCCUCUCGGGCCCAGAGAGUUCGGUGUGGUACGUAUAUCCGUGGGACUUUGACAAAUGCUUUGACCGACACCCUACACGGGUCAACACGCACCUGAGUCUGCAGAACGUAGCAGAGAACUACUUGUUCAGACGCAUUAUGUAUACCAUACCCAUCAAGUUCACCGCGUUGGUCGAUGCGAAGAUAGAUAUGUUGUACAGUGGUGUUAUGAGUCCACGUAGGGUCGCUGCGCUUGCAGAGGCGUACGCAGCUACCGUAGCCCCGUGGUUAGAGCCGGGGAUGCCAGAUACAACCCAACUCACUAAGAAACCCUGGCAGCGUGAGAAGAAGGACUUCUACAAGGCAGUGAAUGGGAACGUAGCGGCUUGGAAGAAGAACAUGUACUUGCCGUUGGGUGUUCGAACUACCAGUUUGAAGGAGACUGGUUUUAAUACGUACAGGCUCAGAAUGAGAGACUCUGUUUCCACUACAGG